UUGUCUUUUAUUUUGCCAAAUGCCAGUGGAUCGAGUCAUCCCUUUCUUUGUGAGGAGGUAGGUUUGUUUUUUAAGAUUAUAAUUUCGUUUUUGAAUCUAAAAGGAGGCUUUGGAUUUAUAGAUGUAGAUGAGUCGUCUAUAAAUUUUGAUUAAUAAAGGAACUGCUCUCUGUGUGUGAAAGCUUACUCAAGAAUACCCUCGUCAUUAACCAAAGAAAUCUUGAAUGUGUACAAAUUGGCAUAUAAGAGAAAGAUGCAUCAGUUCAAAGAUUGUUCCAGACACAUUUUGAUUCAGUGGCUAGGACAAUCCGCCAGCCUUUUGUUUUAUAAGCCUAAUUACCAAGAAAAUGAACAGCAUAAAACCUUACUCUCUUGUCCACUCCUAAGGUCACUGGCUAUAUAAUAAUUAUAUGCAUUCAUGUUCAUAACACAAUCACUUAAAGUGGGAGACACAGAUUUAUUGCACAACCAAAUUCUAAUGACAAACAGAAACACUUCAUGCUUUUGUUUUCUUUCCUUAUUGCUGGCCAAUCUGGCCUUUCACUUGGCUGAUGCUGCUGUACCAGCCAUAUUUGUAUUUGGUGACUCAACUGUUGAUGUUGGUACAAAUAAUUUCAUACCCGAGUGCCGAGGAAAGGCGAACUUCCUGUAUUAUGGGAUUGAUUAUCCCGGUUCGGUGCCUACUGGAAGGUUCAGCAAUGGCUAUAAUUCUGCUGACAGUAUCGCUAAGCUCUUUGGUUUUAAGAAGAGCCCGCAAUCCUUUUUUUAUCUUCUCAAUCAAACAUCGAGUUUCAAGCACAACAUACGCUGUGGUGUCAAUUUUGCAUCAGGAGGCUCAGGGAUUAUCGACACCACCGGAUUCCAAUUAUUUACGAAGGUCGUGCCGAUGAGAGAGCAGAUUCAACAAUUUUCAACAGUUUGUGGAAAUCUCACAGAAAUAUUGGGUACAGAAGCUGCUGCUGAUAUGCUAUCUAAGUCAUUGUUUCUCAUCAGUGUUGGAGGCAAUGACCUCUUUGAAUAUCAGCUAAAUAGGUCUAAGAAUGACCCUAAUCUGCCUGAGGCACAAGAGCUGCUACGCAUUCUAUCAUCAAUAUAUCAAAUUCAUCUACGGAGUUUGUACGACUUAGGGGCUCGGAAAUUCGGCAUUGUAGGCAUCGCACCAAUCGGAUGCUGUCCGCUAGAGCGUGCUCUUGGAACUGGUGAAUGCAACAAGGAAAUGAAUGAUUUGGCUCAAGCAUUCUUCAAUGCCACUGAGAUCCUCUUACUAAAUUUAACCUCUCAAGUUCAAGACAUGAAGUACUCUCUUGGAAAUCUUUAUGAGAUAGCUUAUGAGGUCCUUCAAAACCCACGAUCCGUCGGUUUCAAGGAGGCGCAAACAGCAUGCUGUGGGAAUGGAAGCUACAAUGCUUCCCCAUGUAAUCGAGAUGCAAAGCUUUGUCCGCAUCGUCGAGAGUACGUAUUCUGGGAUGCAAUUCACCCAACUGAGCGAGCAGCCAAAUUAGCAGCCCGAGCCCUCUUUGGUGGAGGAGCAAAAUAUGCAACACCUGUGAAUUUUAGCCAGUUGAUAGGGGAUUAA